GGGCGGAGCUUCCGCCUAGACCGGGGUGGGCGCGUUCACCUGCUGUGCCGGAGUAACUUUUCUGUAGUUGUUGUCCAGCUGUAGUCACGUGAAAGUGUGGCGUCGAGAGAGUUUUCUGAUUCUCUUUGCAAAGUCAUCUUCUCUGCGGUCGUACAAGCGGUGACUCCGUCAUGCCGAACUCGAGGUCCAGGCCUCGCCGGGGCGCCGGGAAUGGCUCCGGGGCUGCCGGCCGGGACGAGUUGGUGUCGCGGUCCUUGCAGAGCGCUGAACAUUGUCUUGGUGCCCAGGACUUCGGCACUGCUUAUGCCCACUACCUCCUGGUGCUCAGCCUGGCGCCGGAGCUGAAAGACGACGUGAAGGAAACUUUUCAGUAUACGCUCUUGAAAUGGGCUGAAGAGCUUGAUGCACUCAGUCGAACACAAGACUUACUUGGUUGCUAUGAGCAGGCCUUGGAACUCUUUCCUGAUGAUGAAGUAAUUUGCAAUAGUAUGGGGGAACAUCUCUUCAGAAUGGGCUUUAGAGAUGAAGCAGCUGGAUAUUUUCAUAAAGCAGUGAAGCUAAACCCUGAUUUCAGUGAUGCAAAGGAGAAUUUUUAUCGUGUCGCAAACUGGCUGGUGGAACGCUGGCACUUUAUCAUGCUUAAUGACACCAAAAGAAAUAUGAUUUAUAAUGCAGCAAUCCAAAAGGCGGUAUGCUCAGGGUUCAAAAGUGUUUUGGACAUUGGAGCGGGAACUGGAAUUCUGAGCAUGUUUGCUAAAAAGGCUGGAGCACAGUCUGUGUAUGCCUGUGAAUUAUCUAAAACCAUGUAUGAACUUGCCUGUGAUGUAGUGGCUGCAAACAAGAUGGAAGCAGGAAUAAAACUUCUACAUAUGAAGUCACUUGACUUAGAAAUUCCAAAACACAUUCCUGAAAGAGUGUCCCUAGUUGUAACCGAAACUGUCGAUGCAGGUUUAUUUGGAGAAGGAAUUGUGGAGAGUUUGAUUCAUGCUUGGGAGCAUUUACUUUUGCAGCCAAAGACCAAAGGUGAAAAUGGUAAUUGUGAUAAGUAUGGGAAAGUUAUACCAGCAAGUGCUGUCAUACAUGGGAUGGCAGUAGAAUGUGCAGAGAUAAGAAGACAUCAUAGAGUAGGCCUUAAGGAUAUUGUUGGUAUCCAUUUGCCAAAAAAUGUGAAAUUUCAGAGUCCAGCUUAUUCUUAUAUAGAUAAUGAAGAAACAGUUGAACCUUAUACAACUGAAAAGAUGAGUCGAGUUCCUGGAGGAUAUUUGGCUUUGACAGAGUGUUUUGAAAUUAUGAAAGUAGAUUUUAACAAUCUUCAGGAAUUAAAAAGUCUUGCAACUAAAAAACCUGACUCAAUUACUAUUCCUGUUGUUAAAGAAGGCACAUUAGAUGCUGUUGUGGUUUGGUUUGUGCUUCAGCUCGAUGAUGAACACAGUUUAUCCACAAGUCCUAGUGAGGAAACAUGUUGGGAACAGGCUGUUUACCCUGUGCAGGACCUUCCAGACUACUGGAUGAAGCCUGGAGAUCAUGUGACAAUGGAAGUAUCUUGUCAAGACUGUUACCUAAGAAUCCAAAGUAUCAGUGUUUUAAGUUUGGAACAAGAAAUGGAAGUUACAAAAAGUUUUACUAAGGAUACAGACUUACUAUCUUCGGGAAAGGAGGCUGAACUCUGUAGUGCCCUGGCUAACCUUCAGACCAGCAAGCCAGAUGCUGGAGAGCAAAUAUGUGUAUUGGAAUCCACAGAAAUUGCUUUACUUAAUAACAUCCCAUAUCAUGAAGGCUUUAAAAUGGCAAUGAAAAAGGUAUUCUCUUCAUUGACUCCAGAAAAACUGUGUCAGGUGAUGGAUCCUCACUGUGAGGAUAAUGAAAUGAGCUCAGGAACUGGAAGGCAAAACACUGUGCAGAGCACCUCCGAACCUUUAUAUGUGUUAGAUGUGUCUGAAGGCUUCUCUAUUCUGCCUAUAAUUGCUGGCACACUCGGGCAGGUUAAGCCUUACAGUUCUGUGGAAAAAGACCAGCAUCGUAUUGCUCUGGACCUCAUAUCUGAAGCCAAUCACUUUCCUAAAGGAACACUUGAGUUUUGGCUGAGACAUGUGGAGGAUGAAUCUGCUGUGUUGCAAAGGCCCAAAUCAGACAAGUUGUGGAGCAUAAUCAUACUGGAUGUCAUCGAGCCAUCUGGGCUCAUUCAGCAAGAAAUAAUGGAAAAAGCUGCAAUAUCGAGGUGUUUACUACAGUCUGGAGGCAAGAUCUUUCCUCAGUAUGUGCUAAUGUUUGGGCUGCUGGUGGAAUCACAAACACUGGUAGAAGAGAAUGCUGUUCAAGGACUAGAACGCACCCUUGGGUUAAAUAUAGCACCUUUUAUUAACCAGUUUCAGGUGCCUAUCCGUGUAUUUUUGGACCUGUCUUCAUUGCCCUGUAUACCUUUAAGCAAGCCAGUGGAACUCUUAAGACUAGAUUUAAUGACUCCAUAUUUGAACACCUCCAACAGAGAAGUGAAGGUACACAUUUGUAAAUCUGGACAAGUGACUGCUAUUCCGUUUUGGUACCAUAUGUACCUUGAUGAAGAGAUUCGGUUGGAUACUUCAAGUGAAGCCUCCCACUGGAAACAGGCCGCAGUUGUGUUAGAUACUCCCAUCCAGGUUGAAAUGGGAGAGGAACUUGUUCUUAGUGUUGAGCACCACAAAAGCAACGUCAGCAUCACAGUGAAACAAUGAGGAGCGGUUUUCUAAUGAAAACUGUUAGAGCGUCAACUGCAAAGUUCUUGUCUGAAUUAGUGGGAUUGUAAUCAUAAAAUGGGUACAUAAAAUUUAAUUCCUUGUAAUUUAAAAAAUAACAUUAAUAAAGUACAUUUAAAAGAU